GGGGCAUGGCUCCCUUCGCCCCCCCCCCCUUGGCUACGCCACUGAAAGCAAAAUCUAUGUAAGAUGAAAUUAAAUAUAUAGCAUUGCGAAGUAAAGUUCUGUACAAAGUAGGGUGGGUUUAAAUGUCAUCUGCGUGAUAGAAGAAAACUUCUGGAAAAAAUUGAUAUUUCAUAUUUUUUUGUACUUGAGCUUUAAAAUCUUGUUUUCUAUUGCACUUUCAAACAUAACAUACCUAAUUUUGUAGAGAAUUAUACUUUCCUUACAUUUUUAUUGUAGGUAUAAAACAAAAAAAAUCAAUGCAUUACGUUGUGACGUCAGCUCUAACAGCCUAACAUGCUUGAAUGUAAGGCUCACCACUACAAACACAGUACUAUGUUAAUACAAUACACGUCACGUUAGGUUUGUUCGUUUUUCCCGGCGGGGAGGCCGGGUGAGGGAGCUGAGACCCCAGGCUGGCGAACUUUCGGGUUACGCAAGGCUUGGCCGUACUUGGUUCUCUUCCUUUGUCCUCUUCGGGCCCUUGUCAGGGAACCGGGCGCGAACCCCAGGUUGCGGAUAGGGGGCCACAGGUUAACAAAUCCUGUGGUGUGCUGCUAUGCACCGCGGACAAGACCCAACAACACUCUAUCGUUGUUGGCCUUUAGUCUUUCCUUUCUUCAAUUACCUUCAUCUUAUUCCUUCCUCUUUUUAGUGGUAGUCACACGGUGUGUUCAGAGUGAGGCGCAUAAUAAGGGAACACGGUUACGACCCUAGUACCUUUCCGAAGGAGGAGACCGAUUCCGGGUUCAACCUGUAAUGGGAUGGCUUGUUUUGGUGUGCCUUGUUUGGUAUGCGCUGUGUCUGAUCAUCACUAGUGUGUCUACAUUCCUUCCUUCAUUCCUUUCCUCUCCGGGCAGCGGGCCCAUUCCCUCCGACUUCUGGGCUGUUCAGGGUUAUGCAUCGUCAAGCCAAUGUGUCAGUUGACGGGUUACGUAACGUCUUGAAAAAGUGUUCACGUCCGUCUUCGGGUUUCGCAUUGUUUGCCAUUCGCGUCCUGUUCUGGCUGCUGAUCUGCAACAGAGGUUGGAUGUGGUUUGGGACUCGUCGCUGUCCAAGGCGCCCUCAGGCGGCCAGUGUGGAGUUCGGUGUCUGGCGGUGGCCGGUAACCACCCGGGCGUUGUCCUGUGAUCCCAGUCACGGCAUCGUUCUUCCGCUCUGGCUUGUCUGUUGGUGUAACAGUUGUGGGUGCUCCUUAAACCCUCCCCCAUCUGGGCCUACCGAGGGACCUGGGUGCACGGCUAGUACGUGUGGCUGUGGGUUAUGCAGCCAAUUGGGACCCUGCGGAUACCUCCCGACCUCCGCAGUAUAUAGGGGCUUAUGGCUACGCGUGCGCUCUGGCCAUAAGCAGACCCCAAAACGCCGGUACUCGUGGGAACACCAUGAAGAAUCUUAAAACUACGCAACGAACUGACUCAACCUCUAUCCGAAAUUCGAUGACUACCUCCGAUAAUAACACCGAUAAUGCUACGCCUACAUCUUCGAGAUCUCGAUCCUCUACAGCACCUCGAUCUACAAGUGACACACCUCUUCCGAAGCUCCGAUCGAAAUCAGCAACGGCAACGAUAAUUUCAUUUGAACCCAGCGCCAUCAACUCCCUUAUUCAAAACAACGUGCCUAAUCUGUGCAAUCUCAAAGCCAACAAAGCCUCUCUGACUAUUGCAGCAAAGGCACAAAUCAAGGAAAUGGAGGAUCUCAAACUUGAACUACGGGACCUUCCAUUCAAGGUCGACUUUUUCCAGUCAAUUAACGAGACAACACAGGAAUUCAGGGCACGGCAGACCCGUGAGGGUAUCCGCUGGGGCAAAUUCGCUAUCCGCUGUAAAAAUGAUCCCGAUUACCUUAGACUGGCUCAGAAAGGCAAGCUGCUGCCUGAAGCGGAGUUCGAGUCAGAUGAACCUUUUGCUGAAAAACCUUCCACUGCCAACUCCAGUGCCGAUAAUUCCGACUCCUCACUGAAUAUGUCUGACCAUAACCUUAACAGAACCAUCAUUGCGUCAUCUACUCCAACGUCCGAUGACACCUUUAACGAUCAUUUCUCGAAGACACUCAGUUACUUGGAGCAAUUUAAAUCCCCAAAAAAAACUUCGACAAUCGUUUUUACUCCAACAACCAUUUCUACUCCGAAUACCACAUCUUCUCCGACAACCGUUCCUACUUUGACCACCGUUCCUACUCCGACAAUCACUUCUACUCCAAUAACCUCUUCGGCUCCGACAACCGCUUACACAGUUACCGCUGAAGUUCACUCCGUCUCUUCGCCAGUUAGUGCAGUUGCGAUUUCCAGCAACACCUCAACCACCCAACCAAUCGUCCCUACGAUCAAGACUUCGGCAGCAUCAACCUCAGCUGCAGCUGCGAUGCAAUUAACUGCACAGCAACUAGUAGAUUUAAAUCGUAUCUCUGUUGUUUCUGUAGAACCUAUAGACAGUUCAGAGGUUAUCCCAGCCACAGCAGUCACAAUAUCCAGCUCUACUAUGACUACCAAUUUGAUCAACUCUCCUAUCACCACAUCGUCAACAGCUACCACUCACCCAACUGCAAUAGACGCUUCGAUUAUACCCCCAGCUCAUAUUCAUCAACAAGUCAAUCCAGUCAACCCAGAAGUUCUUCUUCUUAAAGAACAGCUUAACACUCUCGCAAACAAGCUCCGCUUAACUGAGCACAAGCUCGAACGCGAGAAGGCAGUUAGCUCGAAAUGGGAGCAAGCUGCACUCAAAUUACAAGCGCAAACUGCUGAUCUCGGACGCAAAUUGCAAGAGUUGCAGAAUCGCCCAUCUGCCCCUACCGAGGAGAGCCUGCUAGCCAAACUCUCUGUUCAGAUACAACAUACCGUUGAAACAGCCGUCAACGACGCCAUCUCAAAAGUUUACCCCGGUUUAGCGCCUAAGAAACAUCACUCCGCUACCGAUAAACAUCCUACCGCAAAAAAUACCAUCGCUAGUAAUAUCGCCUCUCAACUCUACUCCAACGUUGCAUCUGGCAACUCAAACUCUCGACACACUUCAACUCCAGCAAACACAACUGAUGUUAAUACCGCUGUACCAGGUAACUCAUCCAUGGGUCCACCUACCGACCCUCCACCUCGCCGUCGAAAACCACGACAAGGUCGUUCUCGAAGAGACUCACUGGAGGUUCAGUCUACAGGUGUUCAUAACCGCGACUCUUCACUGUCCAGCCAGCACAGUGUCCCUUUUGUUUGUGAUAAACAACAAACUGACGGAUUCGUCCCAUACAAACAACGGCGUAAUCGUCGAAGAGGUCGUAACCAACAAGGUAACACCCGCACGAAUUCUCCUAUGUUUCAACCAUCUGCCAACCGUAACCUCAAUCCUUCUUCGACUAAUCAUAACAACAGAGUGCUGGUUGUGCCUACUGACGACUCCAACGACUCAGUUGCAACAAUUCUCCGCAAAGCAGUCGACCCCCGUAAACACGGACUGGGGUCAACUGUACGAUUUCCAUCAGGCGCCAUUUUGGUUAAAUGCCCAGAUGCUGAGACUGCUUGCAAAUUCUCCAAAGAUGUCGAAUCCAUCGCGGGUGUUGCUACGAAGAAACCAUCUGCACGAGUACCCGAAGUCCGCAUUCAUAACAUCCCUUCAGACGUUACCGAAGAUCAUAUAAGAUACGACAUAGGAAUCGCAUGGGGUAACCCGCCCAUUGAUAUUAAAUUUGUGAACUAUAAGUCUCCUAGCAAGGCUCAUCUCAAGAUCGCUUUUCUGGAACUCGAUUAUGCCACAUUCACCUUUGCUCAACAACGCAACUUCAUUCGUAUAGGAUUUGACCGAUGUCCAGUCGACUCAAGUGUACGUUUAGUCAAAUGCGAUAAAUGCGAUCUUCUGGGACAUCCCAGCAAACAUUGUAGAUUACUUAAACGAUUCGAAGUUGCCACUCCUGCUGGCGAAUGUUUCGAUUGUCGAUACCACAAUCACGAGAUAAGACGCUGUAACCUCCCGAGAUACCGAUUAGUCAACACCAAACACGGGUACUACGACUGUUCCGUUCGCAAUAAAUUGACCGAUAAGAUCCUCGGGCAGUAUAAGUUAUUCUCCACUACCCCCAACAGCCCUGAAGGUGACAAACAACGAACUGCGGAAGGAGGAUCUGCUAAUAACCUUAGCAAUGGCAAGCAAACUUAG